AUGGCUGAUGAUAAUUUCUGCGAGGAUUUAUUGCGUCUUUAUCCUGACAGUAACCCUCAAUAUCAACAGCAGUUGCGAGAGUUAAAUGAUCGAUUGAGUGUUGAUAAUGACAACAGAUCAAAUCUUACGGUUAAGGUCUAUUCAUGUUAUUAUUGUAAACUUCUGUUUGAUCACCCUUCCAAACUGAAGAGACACCAGAGAAACAGUUGUACAUUUCCAUGUCGACAAUGUGAUAGACAUUUUGAUUCAGCGGAAAAUUUGUUUAAACAUAGCAACAUCGAUCAUACAACUUAUCAGACUGGUUCAGGAAACACUGAUUCAAAUUCACAUACUACAAUCAAACAUAAAAGUGUGGAUAAGUCUGCUCUCUUGGGAAUAGCACGAGCUCGUUUCAUUUAUCCGAAUGAGGAUAAUGGGGAAAAGUAUGAUCUUCUAGCAUUUUUAUCUGGAAUUAAGCAUGAGGUAAAAACUCAUUUACAAGAGAUGUGUGUUGAACUCGGUCAUAUUAAGUGGUAUAUGAAUUGUCUUGUGCAAAUGAUCAAGCCGAAUGGAGGUGAAGGUGGUAAUGAUUUAAAGAAUAAUGCACAUUUUAUCUCGAAGACAUCGAAUCUAGUUGAUAGAGCAAAUAUAGAUGAUGAACAUGAUAUUAAUGUGACAUAUCAAAAAAUAUUCAAAAGUUUUGAUGAGUAUAUACGAAAUGGGAGCGGUUGGUCAUUAGAUCAUAUUAAACACAUUGAGAUUAAUACAGCUAAAUAUAAACCUUUAGGCGGUGGAUCGUAUAUACCCCUACCAAGAACUCUUGCUGCAACCAGAGCGUUACUCAACAUAAGAAACUUAGAUGAAAAAUGUUUUGUAUAUGCUAUUAUAGCAUCCAUACAUCCUACGUGUUCAGGUGACCCUUCUAAAGUGCAUCACUACAUCCCAUAUGAACAUGAAUUGAACAUGGAAGGUAUACAAUUGCUCGUUGCACCAUCAUUUGUGAGUAAAUUUGAAAGGCAGAAUAACAUUUCAGUAAUGGUGUUAGGAUUUGAAGAGGGUGAAUUUUUCCCCCUCCAUGUAACAGGUCUAAGAGAAGCUCAUCAUGAAGUUGACUUAUUGUAUUUGAAAAGUGGGAAUAAAAGUCACUGGUGUUUGAUUACAGAUCUCAAUAGACUUUUAUAUCGAACAAAAUGCUUGGGACGCAGUCAUAAGUAUUGCAGAUUCUGUUUAUCAGGUUUCACCAGUGAACAUACUUUAGAGAAACAUAUAAAAUACUGCUCAAAAUUUGAAGCUCAACAUGUGACAUAUCCCACCAAGGGGGUAGACGAUAUACUAACAUUUCAAGAUCACGCCAAACAGUUACAAACAUCAUUUGUUAUUUAUGCUGACAUGGAAACAUUUUGCGAACCUAUGGUUACUGAAGAGCCAGAAGAUAAUCGAACCAGCACAACGAAAUUAACAAAGUUGAUACCAUGCGGGUACGGUUAUCAAGUUGUUUGCAUCGAUGACAGAUACACUCAACCACCUAAAAUAUAUAGAGGUGAAAAUGUUAGUGAACACUUCCUUCAUAGUCUUCUUGACGAAAAUAAACGUAUAAAGGCUAUUUUGAACAAUCCUGAACCCUUGUGCAUGACUGUUGAAGAUGAGGAAGAUUUUCAAUCAAGUACACAUUGCCACAUUUGCAUGGAAGAAUUUACAGAUUCCACUAUCCGCGUUCGAGACCAUGCACAUGUUUCAGGUAAAUUUCGUGGCGCUUCAUGCAGAGAUUGCAAUCUUAAUUUUAAAGAACACACAUUCGUGCCAGUUAUAUUUCAUAACCUGAAACAGUUUGAUGCACAUUUAAUCUGUUCCUCGAUAGGUAUUUUCAAGAGUGAAGAAAUUGGCUGCAUAGCCACGAAUGCAGAAAAGUACAUCAGUUUCAACCUAUCCAAUCUGCGCUUUAUCGAUUCAUACCAGUUUUUGAAUUGUUCACUAGAGGAAUUGGUAUCGUCAAUGUCUAAGGAGAAUCCGAAAGAAACAUUUAAACAUUUUACAAAAGAAUUUGAUGAUGAUAAGCGGAUUGCUCUUUUGUUGAAAAAAGGAACAUAUCCUUACGAAUACAUUGACAAUGCAGCAAGGUUCAAUGAAACUGAAUUACCCUCUAUAGACAAAUUCUACAGCAAUUUAUCAGAGAAAACAAUUAGUCAAACCGAGUAUGAACAUGCGCAACGGGUAUGGAAUCAAAUGAAUAUUAAGAAUAUAGGCGAAUAUCACGAUCUUUAUCUAAAAACUGACGUUCUAUUAUUAGCUGAUGUAUUUGAAACUUUCCGGAAGAAGUGGAUAACGAACUAUUCCCUCGACCCUGCAAAUUAUUACACUCUUCCAGGGCUUUCCUGGCAAUCUGCAUUGAAAAUGACUGGUGUGAGACUUGAGCUAUUGACAGAUCCUACAAUGUGGCUCUUCUUUGAGCAGAGUAUACGAGGAGGUUUAACAAUGGUGAGCUGCAGACAUGCAAAAGCAAACAAUCCCUACUUGAGCAAUUAUGAUCCAGCUUUACCAACUUCAUACUUGAUGUAUGUAGAUGCGAACAAUUUAUACGGUUUAAGCAUGAGCAUGCCAUUAGCUGUGGGGAAAUUCCAGUGGUUGUCAGAAGAGGAAAUAAACGAUUUCAAUGUCUUAAAUGUAUCCAAUAACGCUGACAUCGGAUAUGUCAUUGAAUGCGAUUUGGAUUACCCAGAUAACUUACACGAUCUUCACAAUGAUUUUCCUCUUGCAGUUGAAAAAGGAGUGAUAACAAAUGAAAUGCUUUCACCUCAUUCACGUCAUCUGUAUGAGCAAGCAAAUGAUGAUGGGAAAGAAUACCAACCGAGCACCAAAUUGCUAGCUACUUUGAAAGAUAAAAAGCAUUACAUCUUGCACUAUGUGAAUCUAAAGUUAUACCUCAAACUAGGUUUGGUUUUGAAGAAGAUUCACAAUAUAGUUUCAUUUGAACAGCGUCCAUGGUUGAAACAGUAUAUUGACUUCAAUACCGAAAUGAGGAAAAAGGCUACUAGCAAUUUCGAGCAAAAACUUUUUAAAAAUGGCAACAAUGCUAUUUUCGGUAAAUCAAUGGAAUCGUUGCGGAAACAUAUCAACUUCUCUCUCUGUCAUAGGUGGGAUAAGUUUCAAAAACUUACUGCAAAAUCAUCAUUUAAAAGCUUUAAGAUAUUCAACGACCACUUGUGCGGCGUGCUACAAACCAAAACAAAAAUUUUCUUCAACAAACCAAUUUACCUAGGACAAAUGAUUCUCGAUCUGUCAAAGGCGCACAUGGUUGAUUACUACUACAACCACAUGAAAAAACUAUACAAGGAGAAUGUAACAUUAUGUUACACAGAUACUGACAGUUUCAUUAUGCAUGUGAGAACUGAUGACAUAUAUAGAGACAUGUCGUUAAACAGUGAGCUAUAUGACUUUUCAAAUUAUCCAGCUGAUCACCCUCUUUACACCAAAGACAGGAAAUCGAUUAUUGGUUUAUUCAAAGAUGAAUGCAAGUCCAUUCAAAUGGUGGAAUAUAUCGGACUAAGAGCAAAAAUGUAUAGUUUUAUCACCGCAGACGACAAGAAACUGUAG